GGUAUCAUAGGCAAGGUUGAAGGCUUGUGAAGUUAACUCUGAUACAUUUGGACUUAUGAAGUUUGAUAUUAAUCAAUAUUCUACAUUUUGUAUGACAAACCAAAUCAAAUAUGAAGGUCUUUUUUAACAUUCUAUUCCUGGUCGUAACUUUCUACUACAGCGAGGCAAAUAAAUUGUGCAAAACUGCAGCAGACUGCAGUGAAAAUGGCCAAAUUGGAAUGCCAGACAAGAUAAAAUGUAUCAAGGGGGAGUGUGACUGGGGGAAAUGCGGGUGCGAGAGGGGAUAUGUACUUCGAUACCUUGGUUCUGAAAAACUGAUGCAGUGUGUGCCAUUAAAAAAAGUAGGAGAAUCCUGUUCUACCUUUGAUGAAACUGGUACAUGUGGUGCUGCCAACUCUGAGUGCAAAGAUGGCCAAUGUACCUGUAAAUCAGGCUAUGUGAAGAUGUGGGGAGGGGAGCACUGUGGUGACCCCAACCAACUGCUGCCAUCAGAGGGGGUCACAGCAGGAGACACAUGUACUAGAGGAUUUUAUUGGAAUCGUAUUUUGUCAGCUACUCCUCGAUCAUGUGGGUGUUCCUCAGCAGCAGAGUGGACAAUGCUGUCCAUUAUUUAUAAUGGUCCACUAUACUUUCUUGGGAAAAAAUAUCCUAUCUGUGUAUCAGCAAAAAUUGGUGACAUGUGUAUGGAAGACACUGACUGUUACAGUAACAUCUAUUUAAGUCCAGCAAGUAUGAUAUGUGAUACUACAUCAAAUAGGUGUUCAUGUCUUCCAGGGCUGAAACCAAGUUAUGAUAAAUCUGAAUGUUCAAACCAAACUAAAGCACAUGGGGAAUCAUGUUCAUCAAGCUCAUGUGAUGCCAGCAAGGGACUUGUCUGUGGAGAUACCUGUGCCACAAACCGUUCUUCAGAAGAAGCUACAACGUGUCGCUGUGGGCCCUGGCAUAUCACAACUGGCAAAACUUGUACACUAAGAACAGUAGGAAGUGCAUGCUUUGGAGACGGCAACUGCCAAGGCAUCAGUCCUAAUGCUCAAUGUGUGGAUGGAUUCUGUUGCAAUCAUAACCUCUGGUCUGCUGUCAGCAGUGCUCCCAAUUGUGUUAGCAGUGCUAUACUAGCAGAGACACACCUAAAGCAGUGGCAGACCAUGAGCAGUCAAGGAAGAACAUAG